AUGAAUUCCGCUCUUGCGAAUAGCGAACAAAAGAAAGCAAAGAAAUACGAGGCGGAGGCGAAGAGUCCAGCCAAAGGGGAACUGCAAAUAUGUGAGUGGGAGCUGCAGAUAAGUGAAGGAUGGCGACAAGUAAGCCAAGGGAAGCUGAAGAUAAAUGAGGGGUUGCAACAAAUAAGUGAAGGGAAACGGAAGAUAAGUGAGGGGAGGAGGAAAAUUAUAGAGGGGAAGCAGUCACUACGUGUGCAGGACAACGUGGCUGGUGUGUUGGACAAGGUAGUAGCUGGCCAGGAUCAACUAGCAGGUGGGCAAAAUGACCGAAGAGAUAGAAGCCCCAAGUUCAGGGCAGGCAUAAAAGCGGAUUGCGAAGCGGAUGGCAAGACCGAAGGGGAAAUUUGGAACAACAAAAAAAGGGAUGACAUAAGUGGGAAUAUUUUAAGUGCAACAAAUGUGGACAGAAGCCCAUUCAGAGCGGAGGGGGAAGGUAAGGGGUUAAUAUUCCCAUCGGAUAUCAAGUUAAUAUACGGAAGCAUAACCACAACGGACAGAGAGAAAACUCCAAAUGUACAGAAAAAAGUUACCGCCUUGUUUAGCAAAAACUUAUAUGACGUAGUGGUGCUUUAUUACGAAAUGCACUUUUACAACAAUAUUGAUUCGUUCCAGGUCGAUGUGAACGUGUACGAAAUUUACAACGACUUGAUCUGCCUGAUAGACGAAUUGUAUAGCAUGUAUAUUACCGACUCGGAGAAGAAAAAGAAGAGCUCCUACAUGUAUGAGGAUAUGGAAGAGAGGUAUCUUAGUGGGGAGUUGUGCGGCGGGUGGACAGAAAGGACGCAGGAAGAGCUGCUGCAGGAGUACUACAUUUUGAAGGGGGACAGAAAUACGCUGUUCAUAAAUUUCAAGCUAAUGAAGAUGGUGUAUUUAUCCGCCGUGUUCGAUUUGGAGUUUUUUGGCGACGUGUGUCAGGAGAGCGUUUUCCUUUCGGAGGGAGGCCCCAUUAGCGAAGAUGCUGGCGUUGCCGCAAUUGACGCAGUUGACGCAGCAGCUACAUCCGCUACCAAUACCUGCAACCAACUGGUUGGAUCACCAGGCAGAGCAGUCGAGGCCCCACGACAUGAUAACCGAGGUGACAGGAAAAAGAGUAAUAAAAAAAAAGGCAUAUCGAAAAGGGCGGACAGGAGAAGCGACAGAAGGGAAAUACCGAGCCCCGUGUUGAAGUUGGACAUGGUACGGUACCAAGAUAGGAAUAGUAUGACAGGAGGGGCGAUGCCGGAGGUGGAAGAAGAAGAGGAAGUAUUCCCCCUUGGGGAAGUGCCCCCUUUUGAGGAAACCUUCCCCGUUGGGGAAACGUACAUCCGAGAAGACCAAAAACUGUGCUACCGUAUUUUGUGUGACGAGCAGCCGUACAAGGCCCUACUGAUAAAGGAUGAGCUUAACCUGAGUUCGUCCGACGAUGGAGAGAACUACCACGGGGGGGUGAGUGCAUCAAUGGGUGUAGUGCAAAACACAGGUACCCCUCUAAGCGUGCAUAGCGGCGUCGUCAAUUUGGGGAGUUUGGUCAACCGUGCGAGCGGCGGCUCAGCGGCAGAGUCACCCCCAACCAGCAGCGAAAACGACAAGGAUAGCAUAACUCAGGAAAGACACAGUCGGGUAUACACCAAGUCGAAAAGGAACAAAGGGAUACUCUCCUACGCAUCUCCCCAUGAGAAGUCAGUUAGUAUCCCCAAAGAUAUCCUAAACAUAACAUCUUUGUUGAGCACCCCCAUUUUAUCAAUGAGUAAUAUAAAGAGCCUAAAUCAGGUGAAUUUUUCAUAUGGAUAUAGUCAAACAAAGAAGGAUCUGUACAACUAUUGUUACGCUUACCUAGUGAGCAUACACAAUGGGUAUGACGUUAUCCCCAUGGAGGGUUAUAAAUUCAGACCCAUCAUAAUAGAUGGUGCAAAUGUAUCUGCCAAGGUUAUCCAAAAACAUGUGUCAAAUGUGCUAGAUGCAGAUAUGUCGAUAAUAUAUGACUGUUUUUUAUUACAUGAGGCAUAUGUUUUUUUUAAAAGAAAAAAAGUGGAUGAUAUUAUCAUUGUUUUAAACCCUGUGACGAAAAAGGGGGAGGAGUAUUUUCUGGGGAAUAAAAAGGUGUGCAAUUAUUCCUACUUGGAAAAUUUAAUAAAACAGAAUGCCAUACUGAUUUGCAAUGAGAAAUAUUACCACAGUUACAAGGGGGACGUCGUCAAACGGCGCACCUACGACGAUGUGUUGAUAUUGGAGCUGGCCUCGCACAGAAAUGGCUGCGUCAUCUCCAACGACAACUACACGGACAUAGAGGCAGACACGGCGUGCGAGGAAAUAAAGCACGUUAUCUCACAUUACGUUGUGAAGCACCAUUACGACAAGCAUAAUGGAUUCGGCUUGGACAUGACGAAGAAGCCUUUGAAGUUUGUCUUAAAUUCUCUCUUCCAGAAAAUUAAUUAA